UGUAAAGAAAGUUGUAUGAAAUCUAUUUGCAUUCGUCACUGCUUAUCUUUUCUUUAUAGUGAAAUGAAACUUUUUUUAGCCUACACUGAUGAGUAAGAAGGUCAAAGCUCUGAUGUGCACCUAUUUCUGAUUUACAUAUUGUAUAUCUUGAGCCAUUUUUUUUUCAGUAGAAAAAACACAACCUAAAUACGAAUGUAUCCAAAAUUAAAAGCUUGUUGCAGAUUCUAAAAUAAAUCUCCUAAAAGGUAACUUAAGAUUUAUAGGCCUUCACACAGACAUAGUACUAAUAGGGUAUGAACGUAUAUACUUACUGGAGUUUCUGUCAACUUCCAUGUUCACAGUGUGACAAAAAGAAACUGAAAUCAGAUAAAACCAAACUGAAUUCUUCGUUCCCGGCCUCAUUAUUCCAAAAAUAAAGGAUUCAAACAAAGAUCACAAGUCUGUUAACUAUUCAGAUGAAAAUAUGGAAAAAGUGCAGAGGGCUUGUUUCAUUUCUGGAGGUCUAACUUCAAACCCAAAAUCUCAUUUUGUCUUCAGAAUUUCCCUGCAAAAUUGUAUUCGCAGAACAAAAACUUUAUCAUAUACACUCAUGCCUAUCUUAAAAUUGGGACUCAUAAAGAAAAAAUUAAUCAGUAAAUGAACAAAUUAAACAAACAGUACCUGCAAGUGGAAAACAAAGGCUAGUUUUCCUCAGUGUCUUUAGUUUUGGACAAAGACUCUAAUACUUUUGACUCAGGACAACAGCUUUCUUUAUUGCGACGUGAUAUCUCAUUUGAUUGUCUUUGAGGCAUCCCUUUGGUUCAGGUUUGAUAAUAAAACCUGCAUCUUCCCAGGUCAGCAGGAUCAGAAAGGAUCAGAUACACUAUGGUAUCCCUGAAAACUGAGGUGCAUGUGCUGCAGCUGAAUAAUGCUGUGUUUUAUCUCCUGCUCCAAAAACAAACAAACAAACGUAUAACUUAUUUGUCAGUUCAUUUGUUCAUUUUCAUCAAUUCACUUCAACAUCAAAGUUGUCAUUUACUCACACGUAACUUCCUCAGGAUUUGUUUAUCAUUUCUAUGAUGUAUCCAUGGCACUGGCUUUCUUGCUGUGUGCUGCAUAUAACCAACAGGGGGCAGCAGAGACCAGUUAGUGUGGAGCUGUUUUCAAGAGACGUUAAACAGAAAUUAAACACCAAACAAAACAAGACAAGUUGAUAUCAAUUCAUUAUGAGAAUUACUUUCUAUUGCAGUUACCUACAACAUUAUCUCCUCUAAAAUCUAUUUCUCAGACCCCAGACUUGAACUUUAGUUGCAAACCUGGUGCAUUAAGGCUUUCAUUUCACUGCCACCACAAAUAUAAUCUUCAAAUAUCUUCCAUGAAAAAAUCCAAAGUUUUUGUCAGCAGGUGGGUAAAUCCAAAAGUUUGACACUCAUAUCCUUCGAACAAAUGCAGAUGAACAGGACGUGUAAAAUUAUGGGUGAGGUAACUUUCAUAAUUCGGAGAACAGUUAAGUUGCGAACUACUGAAGUUUAAACGAUGCAAAAAGCAACAAAAAACAUUUUUAAGUUUAGUGCACAGUCAUCCUGCUGCCUAAUAAUCGCCAUUGUGCACUUCUGCUGCUUAUUACUCGGGUGGAGCUCCUCGUUUUUGCUCAUUCUUUCAGUUUUGAAAAUCUGAAGUUUGUUUCAUUCUCAGGUUUAUGUCAAAAUCGCAAGAACAUUUUUAUUCCUGUAACUUUUUAUGUUUAAGAGCAAAUGCCAAUCAAACAGUGACGCAUAAGCACUGCGCCAAAAGGGCAGCUCCAUAUAUUCCACACAAAGAAGAGCGUCAAACUGCGCUCCUAAUCUCAGUUUACUGUAAACGGAUGAAUGUGCUCAAGAAUUAUAUUUAUGUAACACAUCACUAAUUUUUACUCGCCAAUACUCUGGGCAGGGCAGUUUGAGAUCAUGGGUCCGGAUGCUGCCAGCGGGCAUUAAUUAGUGAUUGGGUCGCUCCCCCUAUAUAAAGAAGGCGCGCCCACUGCGCUGCUCUGUCUCCACACCAGCCAACAUGAGUUACGGAUCUGAAGUCUUCUCCUCUUCCUCCUACCGGAAGAUUUUCGGGGAUUCUCCUCGUUAUGCAUCCUCUCCAUCCCGUAGUGGGAUGAGCAUGUCUUCUCGGGGCGGUUAUCGGUCCUCCUCUGGCUCCAGGAGCACCGUGGCCUCCAUGGGCUCGUACAACAGAAAGUCCGGCCGCUCCUUCUCGUCCAUGCCGCUGGAGACCUUCGACCUCAGCCAGAGCAGCGUCCUCAACAAUGAGUACAAAAUCGUUCGCACCAAUGAGAAAGAACAAAUGCAGGGUCUCAACGACCGCUUUGCAAUGUUCAUUGAGAAAGUGCGCAACUUGGAGCAGCACAACAAAGUGCUGGAGACCGAGUUGACCGCGCUGCGCCAGCGGCAGACCGAACCGUCCCGCUUGGCCGACCUUUACCAGCAGGAGAUCCGUGAACUCCGCUCCCAGCUGGAGGAGCUGAACGGGGAGAAGUCCCAGCUCAUGAUCGAGAGAGAUGGUAUCGAAGACGACCUGCAGAAGCUCAGAGGAAAGUAUGAGGAUGAGUUUCACGCCCGAGAGGAUGCGGAGGCCGCCCUCAAGGCUUUUAAGAAAGAUGUGGAUGAUGCCACCAUGGUGCGCCUGGACCUGGAGAAGAAGGUGGAAUCUCUGCUGGACGAGAUCAACUUCCUCAGGAAGGUUCACGAGGAGGAGGUGGCCGAGCUGAUGGACAUGAUCCAGGCCGCCCAGGUGUCCGUUGAGAUGGAGGUGGCCAAACCGGAUCUCACCUCCGCUCUCAAAGAGAUCCGAGGCCAGUACGAGUCCAUGGCGUCUAAGAACCUCCAAUCCGCCGAGGAGUGGUACAAGACAAAGUUCGCCGACCUGUCUGAGCAGGCCACCCGGAGUAACGAGGCCAUCCGCGCCAGCAGGGAGGAGAUGAACGAGUUCAGGAGGCAGCUGCAGUCCAAGACCAUCGAGAUAGAGAGUCUGAGGGGGACCAACGAGUCUCUGGAAAAGCAGCUGCGGGAGAUGGAGGACAGGCACAGCGCGGAGAUCGGAAACUAUCAGGUAAGAAGUAAUUCUGUAACAUCAUCAGAGAAAACAAGCAGGCUAUCCCUAUUCUUAACAUCAAAACAUGUUUAUUUGCAUUUCAAUGAGUAAACUGGUCGCCUUUAUUCUUAUUAAGAGUGGAUGUUAUAGUUUUAGAUGAUAUUCAGGAGCAGCUGUGGGCUGUGGGGCUCUGUCCGUGGUGCUGAAACUCUCUCCCCUGGGAGCGCGCGCUCAGCAGCUGCAACUGACAACGCCCACUUUGUGUGAAUGCUCGAAAUAAGUCAUUUUAUACCUCUCCUGAAUGAAGUUCGGCAGUUUUUAUAAAGAAUAUAUAUUUAGGUGAAAGAUUUUAAGCUAUUUUGCAGAUAAAAGACUCCAACAUCCAGACGAUGCACGUGUGAACAAAUGCACUGAGGGGGUUCUUUGUUUGAGCCAUGAGAUGAGUCCUAUACAACAACCGAGUCACAGACACGAGUGUGUUACAUCCUUAAAACUCUUUCACAUGUGCUUUUCUUUUCUUUUCUUCAGGACAGCAUGGCAGAGCUGGAGAAUGAAUUGAGGACCACUAAGAGUGAGAUGGCCCGUCACCUGAGGGAGUACCAGGAUCUGCUCAAUGUCAAGAUGGCCCUGGAUAUUGAAAUUGCAGCUUACAGGUAAACUCUCCUCUUCAAAACAAGCCAUGCUUUGUUAAUUAUGACAACUAUUUCAAAUUCUGUGUGGUCGCAGAAGUCAAACAAGUCAUCUGUGGCAAGUUGAAAUGUCCUGGUCUUUAGUGUAUGCAUCUGUGUGUGUGAGUGUGUGAGUGCUGUAUGUGUUGAAUGGGGGUUGGGAGGAUGGGUGGGGUUUGGUAUUUGUAUUUUUAUUUAUUUAUUUUUAUUAUUUUUAUUUAUGUUACAUGAAAAAGUGCUUUAAAAAUAAAGUUUGAUUGAUCGAUUUGAAAGAGCAACAUUUUUGAACACUUUGUGAUAUUUUCCUUUUUUCUGCAGGAAACUGCUCGAAGGAGAGGAGACCCGCAUUGGGACUGGGAUAACCUUUCCCAGCUCCUCCAUGAGCGCGAGUAUGGGGCAAAGCUACAACUACCAGACCCGUAUCUACUCCAGCUCCGGCAAGGGCUCCAAGAAGGAUGAAGAUCAGCAGCAGCAGAGCAAAUCCGGUGCCAAGAUGUCCCAGCGUGAAGUGUAUGAGGAGACAGUCAUCACCACCAAGAAGACGGAGAAGCAGCAGGACCCCAGCGACAUCCCCACUAAUCAGAAAAACUAAGAGCCUACUGUAAGCCUGUUUUUGACACCUGAAGCUUCCCUCCUCCCUGCAAACCCAAACCUUUCUUCUUUUCCCGCUGUAAAACAAACACCGAGCCUCUACUCAAAACACCUGUGGGGAUCUUUGAAAAGAAUUGCCUUCCUAUCAUGAGUAAGAUCAUAAAUAUAUGUGAAUUAUUGGUCUGUAUGCCCACAAAGAUUUGAGUGCAGGAUUUGGAUGUUUGUUUUCAAUGGGUUUAGUCCUUCUCUGCCCUCCUCCCCCCUUUGCCCUCCACAUGUGUCAACCCAAUAUAACUCAAAAGUAACCAUCACUACAAUACAACAGCACAAAACAUCUGUUCUCUCUCUUUCUCCAUCACAAUUUCAACCUCUGACAGUAACAAGCACUGGUAGCAUUUCUUACUGGAAUGAUUUAUAAUAAUCAACUGGUCUUUCACACUUUGGACAACUGUUACAUCAUUAAGUGAUAAGAAAACACAGUAGGCAACAUCUCUGAUCAUCACCGCCACCACAAGCUGUGAGGUACUCUCAACACAUUCCAGUGGAAGCAUGUCUGUGCAUUUCAAGGACAAAACAUUUAAAAGCUGCUAUCAGCAAGGUAUCUUGCACAAAACGAUGAAAUUUUCUGACGUGAUACUGACAGUCAAGUGAGGAAGCACAUAGUCCACAGUUGUAGGGAACCAGCCAAAGUGAACAGUGUAGAAGAGGCAUUAUUUCGAGCAUCUUUGCUAAAGAUGGAGUUCACAAACUUCUUUAAUCUCUUCUUGCACAAUUUCUCAGAUCGAUGGUUCGGCUGUAGUCUCGUCCGCUCUGCAUGACAGUUUGAAAGUGGAUGAAAAUCCAUCAAGCACUGACUCCUUUUUAACUUCCCACCACUGUUUAAAUGAGAUCUGAAACAAAUGACAAAAAAAUGUAUUAAUGGAGUGUAAUAUGCAUGGUAUAUAUAAAUGUCAUGCUUGCAUGGAAUCCAUCCGUAGCUAAUUCAACACAAAUUUGUUGUUUGUUCAAGGUUAAAAGGUCAGCUCAAGCCCAUCCUUUCAACAUCGACCACGCUGAGCAUCAUCAUGCACUGCGCUAAUUUAUAACUGUGACGGAGUGUUUCUUAGCCUGUAGGCGUGACUUUAGUCUGCUGUUGUCUAAGCUUGUUUAGGAUGUAAAGUAGGUAAGCUAUGAACCUCUGCAAAGAACAUGCAAAGGAAGGAUCCUCUCAAAAGCACUUAACUAAGAAUGUGAAAACUACCUAAUUUGGUACCGAUUGGAGAGUUUGCACAAUAAGGGAUACAGGGAAAAGGAGUGAUUAAAGAAAGAUGCGGAUAGGAAGGAAAAUGUGGUAGCUACAACUGCAAAGAAGAAAAGUUUGCUCAGUCAAGUAGAAACUGGCUAUGCUUUAGCACAAAUGUACAAGAUCUGAAUGAUCUAUUUGAUUCAGGCAACUGUAUGCGCAUCUAAUAUCAUUCCCCAUGUGCCAUUGAACAUUCUUUACACACUUUCUAGUCCCAGAACUCAUACCAUAUCACUCCACCAGAGCAAAACCAAAACCAUCAGCACUCACAAAACACCACUGAGUCAGUCAGAACCUGCCAGGCACAGAUGUGUUAGAAACCACUUGACCUCUCUCUUUGUAACUGUGGCCAUGACUGGAUCAAAUGUCUGUUGUAGUAUGACCUCACCUCUAGAUAUCCUUCAGUCUCAGCAACUUUAUAGUUCUUUUUCUGCUUGUGCACUGCCAACUUCUCAACACAGCUUUCCUCUUCUCCUGCUGCUAGUGGAGGCGACCCUCGCCCCGAUAAACUGCACUCACACUGAAAUCAAAAAACUACUGAUUGUAACGCAGACUGUUCCGGAUAGGGUUCGUGUUCUUUUACCUGAGGUUUGAGAUAAGUAUCUUAGUACUGUAGUGAGUGUGUUUGUAGCUCUACACAGUGGCCUAUCAUCACAGGAAUAAAUAUGGAGGCAGCAAACUGAAAGCUGGGCAUUUUGCUAAAGGAAUCAUUGUUUUUUGGUGUGAAGCAGAAGAAAAACUCAGAUGUACAAGAACUUACAAAUAUUAUCAGCAUUUCAUAGUCUAUAGCUACGACAAUGGAUGAAUGGUUGAUAGUUGCAAUGUCAAGCCUUUAUCUUUACACUAUAAACCAAAACACUUUCAACUGGUGUCUGAGGAAUAAUCGUCACUUCUACUUCUGCAGCACUGCCAAAUUUUUUUAAGUGCACACUCAACGCUACUUCAUCAGGAAAAAAGGAAUUUUCUGGCAAUACAGUACGCUAUCAAUCCAAACUCCAACAAUCAAGAUUUAGCCAUAGAGCAAAUACUGUAGGAAGUAAAAUGCCUUAAAACACCAGCAGCUUUUAUCUGGCCAUGUGUGUGUUGUGUAUGAUUCUGUCCAGUGGGGUGUUUUACCAUUUUUCUCUCUCUCUAUUAGCGUUUAUUAGAAUUACCAUGACGACAAAAGCUUAGGGACUGAAUGUAGGUGACAUGCUAUUCUCUGUACUGCUAUUACUUCUUAUGCAUUGCUGUAUGACACCAUAUCAAUAAAGACUUGACAUUAAUGAGGCUGCA